AUGGUCUCAGAUAACGUGCGUGAAAUGGGAGAUCGAAAGGCUUUUGCUCAGAAAUUUGAUAAAAUGUCAGUUCUGUAUGAAGAAGUGGUAGAACGGCUACAUAAAGCGUACGAAAAGAGUAGCCAGAAUUACAACCUUCGGCGAAGAAAUGUAGACCUGAACGCAGGAGAUUUUGUGUGGGAGAACCCAGGCGCUUUCUGA